AUGUUUGUGGAGGUCAAUGCUGUGACUCCCAAAAGCAAGACUAAUGCCAUUGCAUGUAUAGAUGGCAAAAGUGCUAAAUGGAUGAGUCACAGACUAUUUAGAGAGAACAACGUUGGACACAUAAAGUUUAUAGAGUCUGAUGAGUAUCCAUUCGAUGCAACAUUCUGGAACAACGCCAAUGUCAACUACUUUAUGGCCGAGAUGUCAGCUCGAUCAGUCAAUUUGUCAUUCAUUAUGUCACGCAAUGUAAUUGGGACAUGGCGCAAUCUCACAUUCUCAUUGAGUCAUAUCCCAUUGACAUCAUUGGAGAUACAACUGGGCCCAGAUGAUCAGAUGCCCAACUUCAAUAUGCUCCCAAGCACAUUGACUGAACUAUCAAUUGUUGGCGAAACCUUCUCAACACCUGGUGCUCUGCCAGACACUCUAACAUCAUUAAUGUUUAAUGUGAAUGUGCCCAUUGCACCAGGAACACUCCCGCCUCGCCUCAAGAGACUAAUCUUUGGCAGAGCAUUCUAUCAACCAAUUGCCGAUGGAACAUUCCCUCCAACCCUGGAGAGUGUACACUUUGGUCCAUACUUCGAUGAGCCACUCACCAGCACCAACCUUCCUGAUUCGGUCACCGAUGUCACUCUGAUCAAUGUAAGAUACAGCCAUCCAUUCAGUCAUCGCGCAUGUGUCAAACUUCUGAUGCAAAGUGAUGCUACAUUUGCUCCUGGCAUGGUCUUUCCCAACCUCACGCAAUUGGAAACACAAGUGAGUGCUGAUGUUCUGAUCUCAUCCACAUUCCCAGCACUCAGAUCACUUGAUUACCAUAUUUGGAAUUACCUUGAGAUGGACUACUCGACACUUCCUCACACACUGACCGCACUACAUACGCAUGUCGCGCGACCAAUCAAAUCAUUCCCUCAAGGACUCGAUAAAUUGAAACUCCGUUGCGGGUCUGGCUUCAGAUUGACCAACACGACUUUGCCUCGAUCACUUCGAUCACUGUCACUCAAAAGCUAUCGACAUCCAAUCGAAGCCUCAAUGCUUCCAUCAACAAUUACAUUACUUACGACGAUCAGUUGUGAGAGCGAGCUUGAUCCAAGCACAAUUCCACAGUCCAUUCAUACAUUGACCAUCAGAUUCCAAAGGAGUUUGACUGAUGAACAUAUGGCACAGGUGUUGGCCACAACAUCAUUGUUCUGCAUCAAUGUUGAGGGCUGGAGGGAGUUCAAAAUUGAGCUCUAUCGAAUCAGUGACACACUCUUUCUCAAGUAUGACCAGUCCAUUCUCAACCGUGUAACUGAAUGUGCAUUCAUUGACAUUGACUCGAUCAUGGCACUAUUCCAUAAAUAA